AUGACCAGUGAUAAUCAUACUGUGAGGAAUGCGUUGGACACCAGGGACAAAUGGGCCAGUGCCAAGAGGUGUCUGAAAACGGUGGCACCCAAGCCGUGUGGCGCAGACUCCGACACGCGGAAGCUGGCUGAGGUAGCCAUUGCGACCGCGGCCGACAAGUCCGACCGUGCUUUGCUUGUUUCCAGUCCCUGGCUCAAGCUGGGGACUGUCAACACUGCCGGCAGGGAAGCCGGAGAAGCCGCUCCCGGCGCUCGCGCCGCUGCCGCCGCUGGUGUUAGAGCGGCGGCGCCCACGCGGGGGCUUCGGGCCGUCCAGCACGUUGUAGUAGAUACUGAAGACACGAACAAUGGCGCGUGCACUUUCCAGUGCACCACCAGCACCGUGGCGAACCGUGUCUUCAGUAUCUACUACAACGUGCUGGACGGCCCGAAGCCCCCGCGUGGGCGCCGCCGCUCUAACACCAGCGGCGGCAGCGCCGCCAGCAGUGGCGGCAGCGGCGCGAGCGCCGGCCGCGGCAGCACAGGGAGCGGCAGCCACAAGCGGGCCCUUGACACGGACGAGGAUGAGGAGGACACGGCGACGGCUGCGACGGGUAACGCCCUGGAUUACAAGGACUGGCAAAUACCGCUAGGACGCAGGUUCAGCACCAGUGGACUCAUCUGUCCCCAGAUCAACGGCGUCAUCGACAGCUCCAUUGUCUCCCUCACCACAACCUUGUCCCUGAAGUUGUACUUCGUGCUCCGGAUGUACGGCGCGGAGAAGCUGCGGUCGUACCUUCGACACCACAUCGCGAUGGCGCAGGUGUUUGCGGCCGAGGUGACAUCCGACCCGAGGUUCGAGCUCGCGGCGCCGCAACGAUUUGGACUCGUGUGUUUCAGACUCCGGGAUGUCCCCCGGGAAGUUAAUGAGGCGCUGUUGGACGAGAUCAACUCGAGCGGCCGCAUGUUCCUGAUCCACACAGAGCUGGGGGGCCGCUUCACUCUUCGUCUGGCAGUGGGCAGUGCCACCACCCAGCUGGAGCACGUGGAGGCGGCGUGGAGGGAGGUCAGGGAGGCGGCGGACAGGGUGCUGCUGCGGUGGGGGCAGGCGAAGGCGAUGGUGGUGAGAGGCAAGGUGAUAGCGGCGAGGGGCUCCGGGGUUGAGGAGCGAGGCCAGCUAGAGAAGGGGAGGGGAAAGGGCGGCACUGCGUCCCCGGGGACCACCGCGGACCUGUGGGGCCCCACGUGA